GCCCUAGCUAGAUCAUUAAUACACCAUUUUACUAUUUCAUUUAAGUAAAGAAGAUAACAUCGUCCUACAAUGCGCCCGCCACCAGCAACAUAGUACCUUUUAACCAAUCACACUCUCCUUUAUAAAUAAACACUCUUCCCUCCCUUCUGCCUUGUACUACUACUCUCUUAACACAAUUCAAUUCAAAUCCUCUCUCUCUAACUCAUUGUUAUUACUCUUUUCUCUCUUCCCCUUAAAUUUAUUACUAAAUUAAUGGCUUCUCCUAUAUUUCUAGUACUACUCUGUUUCAUACUCUGUUUUUCACCUUCUUCUCAAACAAUUCUAUUACCCUUAACACACUCAAUCUCCAAAACCAAAUUCAACAGUACUCACCACCUUCUCAAAUCAACUUCAACCCGUUCCAAAGCUCGUUUCCACCACCAACAUCACAAACACCAAACCCAAGUUUCUCUCCCUCUUGCUCCAGGUAGUGAUUACACCCUCUCCUUCAACCUAGGUUCAAACCCUCCACAACUCAUAACACUCUACAUGGACACAGGUAGCGACCUUGUUUGGUUCCCUUGUUCACCUUUCGAAUGCAUUCUCUGUGAAGGAAAACCACAAACAACAAAACCAGCAAAUAUCACAAAACAAACACACUCUGUUUCUUGUCAAUCCCCUGCAUGUUCCGCAGCGCAUGCAUCCAUGUCUUCUAGUAACCUUUGUGCUAUUUCACGUUGUCCUUUAGAUUACAUCGAAACUUCUGAUUGUUCUUCUUUUUCUUGUCCACCUUUUUACUAUGCUUAUGGUGAUGGAAGCUUCGUAGCUAAUCUGUAUCAACAAACACUUUCUCUCUCUUCUCUUCAUCUUCAAAACUUCACGUUUGGUUGUGCUCAUACUGCACUUGCUGAACCCACCGGCGUAGCUGGUUUUGGCCGCGGAAUUUUAUCUCUUCCGGCACAGCUCUCUACUCUCUCACCUCAUUUGGGUAAUCGUUUUUCUUAUUGUUUAGUUUCUCACUCUUUCGACGGUGACAGACUCCGGCGACCGAGUCCACUCAUUCUCGGUCGUCACAAUGACACCAUAACCGGCGCCGGAGACGGAGAAUCUGUUGAGUUUGUCUAUACUUCCAUGCUUUCAAACCCAAAGCAUCCUUAUUACUAUUGUGUUGGACUCGCCGGAAUAUCAGUUGGGAAAAGAACGGUACCGGCGCCGGAGAUUCUCAAAAGGGUCGAUGAAAAAGGUAACGGUGGAAUGGUUGUUGAUUCAGGAACAACGUUUACGAUGUUACCGGAGAGUUUUUACAACGCGGUGGUUAAUGAGUUCGAUAAACGAGUUAACCGAUUUCAUAAACGAGCGAGUGAGAUAGAAACUAAAACGGGUCUUGGACCGUGCUAUUAUUUAAACGGGUUAUCACAGAUACCGGUGUUGAAGCUUCAUUUUGUUGGGAAUAAUUCUGAUGUGGUGUUGCCUAGGAAGAAUUAUUUCUAUGAGUUUAUGGACGGUGGCGAUGGUAUUAGAAGGAAAGGGAAAGUGGGGUGUAUGAUGUUGAUGAACGGUGAAGAUGAAACUGAGUUGGAUGGUGGACCUGGAGCUACUCUAGGGAAUUAUCAACAGCAAGGGUUUGAGGUGGUUUAUGAUCUGGAGAAAGAGCGCGUGGGGUUCGCGAAGAAAGAGUGCGCGUUGCUUUGGGAUAGUCUUAACAGUGAGAAAAACUAGUUUCAUUCAUGGGCCGGUCCGAGUUCGGGUUUGAACCGGGUUUACGGUAAAUAUGAAAUAAAGCGGCAAGUACAGGACCCGUUCUCCAAUGUGUACAUGAACCAACCAAGUUGAUAGGAUAGAAUUAAUUUAAUCUAGUUUAGUUCUUGUUUAUAUUGUAAAUCGUGAUUAUUGGUAUUUUGAGUUCUUUGUUAUUUUGAAUGUUACCGAUUCUUUCAAAAUAAAAUAUUAUUUUUGUACAAACAUGUUGAUGA